AUCAGGUCUAUACAGUACCUACCAGUCAUGUGUGAAAACCUUCAUUUUCAGCAUUCACAGUAAACCGUAUCUAGUGUAGUAAGUCUUUGGAUCCAGCAACAACAUUUUUGAAAAUGGCAAGAAAGCCUCCUGUUCCUGCACCUAGAGCAAAGGGAAAAAACCUGGCAAAGCCAGGGGACAUAUGUUCAGAUGAAUUCUCAGAUGAUAUGCCCAUGAUCCAGGUUAAGAGGCCACCACCAGUUCCACCUAAAGUCCACAAAAUUAUCAGAUCAGGUGGGAAAGCUGUACCUGGCAUGGUGCGUUCCAGUUCUGUGCCUGAAUAUGAUAAAAAGAGUGGAGGACAAGACUUCACUGUGCAGAAUAAUGCAGAGGAUGGCAUCAGAUCCCUGGCACUGCAGUGCCCAAGUCAAACGUCAGAUAAAUCCAGUGAUCAGGGGAAGACAUAUGUUAGACGUGAAGUGUUGUUGAAACGUCCGACUUGGCAUGUGGAUUCUCAUCUGUUGUAUCAGAGAAGUAAUUCAUUUCCGGAACAGAGCUCAGCUCAGAGUCAGCAGGAUGCAGAGGACAAUGAAGAUUUCAUUGGGUGGUGGAACUCAGAGGAACCCUGGAAGGAAUAUCCUGACACAAAGGAAAAUGAUGCAAUAACAUUCACGCAAAAAGCCAAAAAUCUAAAAAAUGCUGUUAAGGUAUAUGAUUACCUCCUUAUUGAGCAUGGAGCGAAUCUGCAGGGUCACAUUUUAGAUCUAGAUGAAGUGGCCAAUAGCAUUGAUAAGGUCCAUAAGGGAGUGAAGAUAGCAGGUAUUACUGGAGGAGCUGCAGGGGCAGUAGGGGUUGCAGCUGCUGUUGGAGGUAUCAUUCUUGCCCCACUGACUGCGGGGGCUUCAUUAGCAGUGACUGCAGUUGGAGUUGGAGUUGCAGCUGCGGGAGGAGUCACUGGAGCCUCAGCUGCCAUCACCAACAAAGUCCACACCAAUAUGGACAGGAAGAAGGUGGAAACAAUCCUGCAAGAACACUGUACACAUAUAGAGGAAAUUGAGAAAUGUGUCAAAGUUAUUGGCACAAAUAUCGAGGGUCUGAAGAAAUACAACCUGUCCACAUUAAAGGGGGUGGAUUGGACAGCAGUGAAGAUGGCUAGAAUGGCACAUAAGUUAGGAGACAGUGUGGGAGCGAUUGGUGCAGUCAGCAAGUCCUCAGGGAUGAUCCAAGGCUUUUCAUUGGGCAUGGACAUGUACUUCAACAAAGAAGACUCCAAACAAUUGAAGAAAGGCUCAGAAACCAAAUUCGCCAAGCAAAUCCGCAAGAUCUCAAAGAACAUGCAGACCAGCCUUGAUGAGCUGAUGGCAUUUAAAACAGUGAUAAAUUCUGAAAAAAUAUAGAACCCAAUUUCUUUUGUAAAACUAUAAACUAUAUACUAUACAUUUUAAUGUAUUAAUAUGUUUAAGUUUAAAAAGGUAUGUUGUUUUAAAGCUGUGAAAUUAA